AUGCGAGUUAAUUCAGGCAGAACACUCGACCUCAAUGAUGAUUUACCAGAGAACCAAGGAAUGAGGAUAAACAGAAGAUUUAGAGAAAGAACUCCAGGUGCAAGAGAUAGGCAACAAAGAUGUUCGUCUCAGCCAAAUACAUCUGGAUAUCCGAGUUUUGAAGAAGAUAAAUUUAAUGAAGUACUUGGAUCCAAAUCUUUAUCUGAAGUAUCAGUUAAUGAAUUUAAUUAUGCAUCUGGGAUGACUGAGGGGAACAUUAGCCCGCAAAAUUAUCAUCGACAACCAAGAAUAUCGUUCUGAGAAGAAAUGAAGAUGUCAACUCCCCCGAGAAGAUUUAUAAGUGAUCAAUUUAAAAGAGAAAUUGCUAACAAAAAGAAAAAUUCCGUUGCAGAAAAUACAGAAGAAAAUGUGGUCUUGAGUUGAACUAUUUGAUUUUCUAAUGAACCUGAAACCUUCAUGAUCUGUAGAUUUUGUGGUAAUAAUGCCUGUAAUCUUUGCUGGGACAGACUCUUCAAUCAAAGAUCAAAAUGCUUUUUCUGUAGAAAAAGAAUGUAUCGUCGGGAUUUGAUCAGAAAUACUAUGAUAGACCAAAUCAGGCAAAAGGAAUCCAAUAUUAAAAAUAGAGAUAAACAAAAAUUAAUCAAAAAGUGUCCAGAUCAUGAGUCUGAAGGGAAGCUAUUUUGUGUGAAGUGUUCUUGUUUCAUUUGAACUGAUUGAAUUACUGAGUCAUUACAUGCAGGCCAUAAAGUGUGAGACAUUGAAGAUAGACCUGAUUUAAAACGCAAAGCUGUAGAAGCAAAUGAGUUCUGCAAUGAACUUAAGAAAGGUUUAAAAUUACUUGAAAAUUCAAUUAAAAAUCAUUCUAAACUAGUGGAUAUGAAUAAUAGAGACCUUAUUUACUUCUUUUCAGGGAUUAAAAACUCAAUUUUGAAUACACUAGAAGAAAUAGAAAACUCUUUAACAGAGAAACUCAAGUUAGAAACCUCCCUCAACUCCGAAGCCAAGAACGAAUGAAAAAUAUUCAGAAUAAUCAUCAAAGAUGUCACAAAGCUCAACCUCGAAACCAUUGACCCCAAGAAACUCAAAAAUUUGCUCAAGAAAAAUCUCAAAAACAGUGAUGCCUCUAUCCUGCAAUCUCUAACUAAAGGGCCGAAAAUAGACUUCACGACUCAUUUGAUCGAAGACAAGUUCAUGCUGACUUCUGACUCCACGGGGCAAACUAGGUUUUCAGCUUAUAUGAAGAAGAUUUUGAGAGAUAGUAUCUGUAAGAUUGUGUAA